CUGGAGCUAGCUGGGGUCCGCUUUUAAACCGUGGAUAUGCUCCCCCCACACACAAGCAGGCCCUGGAGCUUUGACAGAGCUUCACCUCCAGACUAUCACUCACAGCUUGCACCACCCACUCACUCUGUGCGUCACCACGACGUCCUCUCUCCCGGCUCAAUCGCACGUGCCAGCCUCACUGCGGCAGUCACACCGGCGGAGCAAUGAGCUGAGCACCCUGCGACACCGCCAUCAUGUCCAUCCCCGGCAUUCCUGGCCUCGGCCAGAUUGCCCCAGUGGACGCCCCCUCACAGGCCGCCGCUGCCGCCUCCGCUGCCGGCGCAAGCCAGAUCCAAGAUCUCCAGCCCUUCUGGGAGUACCGCUUCGAAGUCCCCCACGGCUCAGAGCUCACCAUCAAGCUCGUCUCCGGCACCGCUGAAAAGGACGGCACGGAGCUCGCCCCGGGCAACGCCUACUCCUUCACCGCCACAAAGUCAAAGAUCAACACCUGGCACGGUUGCUCCCUCGAGGUCGCCUGCCCCAAGGGCUCCUUCGACGCCUACACCGCAGAGCCCUCCGCCGCCGACCAGACGCCCUCCGUCAGCCAUGUCAACCUGCACUUUAAGCUCGAGGGCCUCCGCUCCGCCGCCGCCUCUCGCCAUGCCCGCGGCAACACCGACGCCAUGGGCCCUCGCGUUCUCGUCGUCGGACCGCCAAAUUCCGGCAAGACGAGCCUGGUGCGCACCCUCACCGGCUGGGCCACCCGCAUGGACCGGCAGCCGCUGGUGGUCAGCACCGAUCCCAGCGAGGGAAUGCUCGCGCUGCCCGGAACUCUCAGCGCCGCCGUCUUCGCCACGCUCAUGGACAUCACCACCGAGUGGGGGUCCACGCCGACCAGCGGGCCCAGCCCGAUCCCCGUGAAGCUGCCACUCUCGUACUACUAUGGCCUCGAGCACCCCGAGGACAACGCCAAGCUGUACAAGCGCGUCUGCAGCAGCCUCUCCGUGAGCGCGACCGCCCGGCUCACCGAGGACCCCGAGGUCCGGGCGGCCGGCAUGCUCAUCGACACGACCGGCAUCGCCAACCCGGGCGCCGCCAAGGACGGCUCCGCGUACGACGCCCUCGCCCACAUCGUGGCCGAGUUCUCGAUCAACAUCAUCGUCGUCCUCGGAUCCGAGCGCAUGACGAGCGACCUGCAGAAGCGCUUCGGCAGCCACCGGACGACGCUGGACGAGGAGGUCACCGUCGUCGGGCUCGACAAGUCGGGCGGCGUCGUCGAGCGGGACGCCACGUUUAUGCAGCAGGUCCGCGAGGCCGCCAUCCGCGAGUACUUUUUCGGCGACGCGCGAAACACCCUGUCCCCGUUCACGCAGCAGGUCGACUUUGCCGCGCUGUCGCUGUGGCGGAUAAAUGAAGGCUCGUUGAAUGACGACAACGACAACGGUGGGCAGCAGCAUCAUCACACCACGAUGACGCCCGCCAGCGACGACACAGUGCAGCGCGUCGAACCCUCGCUCAUGAUGCAGAACUGCACCCUCGCCGUCAUGUACGCGUCGGUGCACGACCCGCCCGACACCAUCCGCGACGCCAACGUCAUGGGCUUCGUGUACGUCGCCGACGUCGACGAGAAGCGCAAGAAGCUCAAGAUCCUCGCGCCCGUGAGCGCCCGGCUCGGAGACAGACCGCUGCUGUGGGGUUCCUGGCCGGAGCCAAUGGUGAGCUUGCUCGGCUGAGAAAACCCUUUUUGCCUGAGGAGGAAGAGGAGCAUGGAAAAGUGUUUAUUGGAAUCGGCGAAAACCAUAUACCCUAGACAUAGUAAAGAAAUUUCACUGUUUUUUUUUA